GUGAGAGCGAGGCAGCAGGCGUGCCCAUUGCUCAUGAGUGCAACAGUCUAUAGAGAGUACCCGUCUGUGCUCAGUAUUGCCUUGUAUCAGGUUUCAGCCACAGACGUGUGAAUCGCGGAGGUUCCUACACAGUUAACUCCUGUUGGAACAGUUUUUAUUUAUUAUUUCCUUCCUUUCUGCUGCUGUUUUAUAUUCAGUCAGGUGGAGGUCUCACAUGGGGAGCACUUUCUGUUAGGAUUUACCCAGCAGGCAAAAUGCUCUUUACUCACCGCAUGUAUUAUUUUCCAUAACGAUUAACCAGUCCUGUAGAAAACAAGGUUAGUAUCCUUCCUCUGAUGGCAGGAUUCUUCCAGCAACUUCGACUUCUUCUGUGGAAAAAUGGCCUUAGUGUCAUCAGACAGCCGGGCUGGUCUCUGUCUCUGCUCAUUUGGCCUCUGGUGAUCUUCAUCAUCUUAGCCAUCACCCGCUCACAGUUUCCCCCAACCAUCAAAGACACCUGCUAUGUGGCCCCGCGGAACCUCCCGAGCGCAGGCUUCUUCCCCUUCCUGCAGACGCUCAUGUGCAACACUGACAGCUCCUGCUCCAACAAGUCUUACGCAGACAGAACCAUCCGAGCAUAUUCCACAUCCAAGAGCCACCGGCAUCGCAGAGACACAGACACACAAAGCUCAUCAAAGCUACAGGAUGGCUUACCCCCCCUAGCCCACCUACAGAAGGGGGGUCUGGUUCAUGCCCUCCUGAAGAGAGACACAUCCAACCAGUCUCAGAUCCUGGAGAUGUGGGACAAAAUGCUCAAUUCCAGCACUCAAGGCACGUCAAACAUGACCACGUCUAUCUUGGACAUCCUCAACAACACCCUACAGGCCGAUCAGGACACGCUGACUUCCAUCCUGGAAUCAUUACGCAGCCUGAAAAUCUCCUUCUGUGGUUUCUCCAUGUCUGUGCUCAACUUGUCCCGCACGGACCAGAUGACCGCUGCACUGGUCAGGUUCUGUGGGUCCAAUGACUCGUUGCUGGAAGUGUCCUUCUCGACACUCAACCAGCUAUUGGCACAGUUGGUGCUAGAAGAUCCGGUAAAGGUUAUUGAGUCUGUUGAGAUGGCCGUGAUAGCAGUGGGUCAACUUCAGAAGCAGAACCCACUGUGGGACUUCCUGCUGGGUCUGCCGGACCUCUUCGUAAAGGCUAGUGACCAGGACAGGAUCAUGGCUGUUGCUGAGAGGCUGCUGGGGCUGAAGGGGGCCCUGACUUCGAUUCAGAGCAGCUUCCCACAGGCUAACAUUUCUCUGGACAUGCUGAACCCAGCCAUCGAUGAAGGAAUUGAUAUCCUCAACUACUUCCGUAACUGGAAGGGCAGAAAUGCAACUUUCUCCCUCGCUGAUGUGUUGAUGCCAUUGAACCAGUCUCUAAUUAGCCCAGAGAUUUCCACCCUGAUCCAGCAUCUCCAGAUCCCUCUGGAUAAGGUGACUGUGCUGUUCAACAAUGAAGCCUUCUAUGCCUUUCUGUGUUCCACAACUGUCGGCGGCCCCUCUUGUAACAGAUCUAAAGCUGACAUGGUAUAUGCAUGGAUAAGCCAAGAAAAGGUUGCUCUUCAGAUGAUGUUGGCCUGGAGUCAGUCUGCUGCCUCUUCAGACCUUGCCCUUGUUAAAAACAUACUGGGUAGCUUGCUGGGUGCUAUUCCCUCAACGGGAUCCUCCAGCAGCAGCAGGAGCCAGCGCAGCAGUGACAGCCAGCCACAGAACCUGCAGGAACAAAUAUUCCUAAGUGUCGGCAAUGUUGUAAUAGACACGCUGAAAGGGAUGCCUGGCUGGAAUUACAUUAACCUGUUUUUGAUGGGAGCUCAUUCCUCCAUGCAGACUGUCACAGCAGCUAUGGAGACACAGAUAGUAUACAUGGAUCCUGUGCUGCAGGAUGCCGGGAAACUCCAAGCAAUGUUCCAGUCCCUCAUGCAGAAUGAGACAGAGGCCGACGCCUGGGUCAGACGUGUCAUGGAGUCUGCUGUGCAGACUGUGACUGAGGCUCUAAUGGGACACAUGGAUUGCCCUCGCUUGGCUGCUCCCUGGGCUUGGAUUUCAGCAUACAGCUCAAUGGAUCCUGAGUUAUGGGCUGCAAUAAUAUGUCCUGGCAAUGGCUCUCAUUUGGAGGAUGUCUUAUUGGCACCACUGUCUCCUCUGGUACAACAGGUGAAUCAGUUAAUCCAUGUGGCUAAUAACACUUUGAUGUAUGACAUCACACCCUCCAUGAUCCUGUCAGCGUGGCAUAGUCUAUACCGCACUUCAAUGAAGUACGGCACUUCCAUCCAGGCGCUUAUUGGUGAGCUCGAACUGGAAGAUUUUUCUGAAUGGAUCGAAUACAACAUCACAGUCAACUGGCCCGAGAUCCUCAUAACCAGGGGUAUGGAGACAUUUGAGGUUUUGGGGUCACGUCUUCAAAAAAGCUCUCAGUGGUCAUCCAUGGAGCCAUACUUCCACAUGGCUUACUGGAUCUUGACCUUCCAACCUAAUGUCACUGCACCACCAAACUGCACUUUUACUUCAAAUGGCAUUGUUUGUCAGACUGGGUUUACAUGGGAGAAGUUCAUUCCACUGGUUGAAUCUCUACUUCGAGAAGUUAGCACAAAUCCAGCUGCUCUGCUAAGACCUAUCCAGGGAGCAGAGGUUCUGCUGCAAAGCAUCUACAGGGACACCUACAUGGGCAUGCUAAAAGAGUUCCUCAGCAGCUCUGGACAGCUUUUUUCUGGCUGGUCACCACAGAACAUUUUGCUGAGUCUUGCUGCUUUGGUGGACACGAACAUUCAGCUCCUCUCAAACAUCACAUCCAUUAACCAUCUUGAUGACAAGGUCUUGAUCGCCAUGUUGAAUAACAUUGUUGAGGCCUUUGGUCUGGGGGAGUUGGAGGUACUAUGGUCAAGCAGCUCCCAGAACACUAGCCUCAACACUGUGGUUAUGAACAUUAUCCAACUCUUUAGGCCAGAGUCCAUCCAGAUGCUUUACAGUGAAGGGAAAUUUGCAGUACUGGAAGCUAUUUUACGUGUUCUUGGCGAGGUCUUGCCUGCUGAGCAACAGAUCCAGUUUAAACAGUUUCUAAAUCGCACACAUGCCCUCUUUGGAGAUUUGGCAGUCUGUUCAGCUACAGGUCAAGACUGUCUCGCUGAAGUUCCAAAGGUUUUCGAGACUUUGUCAUUUCUUUCUGAAGUGAUUGCAGUGGGAACUAGUAUCAAUGUCACAAUAACACCCAUUAAGGGCAACAUGACUCUGUCAGUCACUGGUCAUAUUCUAAACUUUAUUCUACCAUGGAACACGUCAAUGGACACGGUCACUAAGGUCAUCAAACUUCUUGAGGUGUUGUCUGCUUCACCCAACAUAAACAUCAUUGAUAUUCAGCAUGCACUCCAAACCUUGAAUCUCACCAUUUCUGAUCUGGAGAAAAUUGUACAACUAUCGACGUCCUCUUCAAUAUCUCUGCUACUGAACAAGCUCAUGGACACCAUUAACUCCUUGCAAUGUUUGAACCUACUGACCCAGAAUGUAACAUCUAUAAGACCCCCAGGUUCCAGUGAAGCAGAAUGCACUCUGAAGCUUUUUGAAAGAGCACUAGAAUUCCUUCAGGUCAUGCCUUUCCCUGAAGGUUCUCAGGCAAUUAUAUCAGCUUCUUUUAAUGCUAUAUAUGAUCAGGUGAUGAAGCUGAAGAACAUGUUCAGCCUGGGAUCUGGGCCUGUCAUCAUGUCAGAGAACAUUGUGAGGGCAGUCUUGGCAAACAUCAGACAAAACCUUCUACAUCUCAAUGUGGGAAAUGGCACGUUGAUCACAAAUGACCUCAAUUUAUUGGAGGAGCUUUUAAAUGCGACACUGCAUGAGCGAUAUCCAUACUUCAUGAUCAACUCUACAUUCUUGUCACAACAUUUAUCUGCACAGAAGGUUUAUGGUGAGAUUGCUUUGUGGUACCUACACAAACUGGAGAAUGCCACCAGUGAAAGCAUGUUUAAAGAGUAUCUCUACCAAUUCAUUCACCUGACCGAAGUGCAGGUCAAAAUCAGUGCCGCUCAGUCAAAUUUCUCAACACUAGUGUCUAACCAGAUCCAGUACUUGAUAGAUCAUGUGCAUCCUCCCCUAGAUGGAGCAGAUUUGAAAAUGAUCAGCAAUGCUGUGAUCACCAUACUACAGGGUCAACUGCAACUGAUAAAGAUGAACCUUGAGUUUCAGCAGACCUUUUUUGACUUCAUGGGUAUGCAAAGUAAUAAAACUCUUCCCAGUGACAUUGAAGCUCAGCUUAUGAACUACUUCAACUUGACUCUAGGUUGGAUCAAAAACCCACAGCUUACAGUGAUCAUUGCUAAAAUCUAUGGCUGGAGCAGUGGAUCUGGGCAGGUGCUUGGCAACAAGUUGCCACAGAAAUUAUUGUUCAGCCUCAUUUCUGUGGUGGACAAGCUUCUCUUCAAUGUGAACUACACUGAUCAGUUCAACAGUCAACUCCUACUAACAAUUUUAAGUGACAUUCUGGAAGCCUUUGGCCUAGGGCAAUUGGAGAUACUGUGGUCAGACAACUCCCAGAACACUAACCUCAGCGCUGUGGUUGUGAACAUUCUCCAACUCUUGAAGCCAGAGUCCAUCCAGGCACUUAACAAUCAGAGCCAAUUUGCAUUACUGGAUGCCAUCUUACGGCUCAUUGGAGAGGUCUUGCCUUCUGAGCAACGGAGCCAGUUAGACAGGUUUCUAAACCACACACAUGCCCUGAUUUCAGACCUAGCCAUCUGUUCAGCUCAUGAGAUGCAAGUUUUAAUCAAUGCUGCUCAGUCAAAUUUCUCCAUUCUGGUGUCCGGUGAGAUCCAGGACUUGAUGAGCCAUGUGCAACCUCCCCUGGACGAGGCAGAUCUGAACAGGAUCAGUAAGGCAGUGAUGACUUUAUUGCAGGCUCAGCUGCAACUUAUAAAAAUGAACCUUGAGAUUCAACAGGCCUUCUAUGACUCUAUGGGUUUCCACAUGAACAUGAGCAUUCCUGCUGACAUUGAAGUUGAGAUCAUGAGGUACCUCAAUUUGACACAGAGUUGGAUCACAAACCCACAACUCACUCUGGCCUUUGCAAAAAUACUGCAGUGGAACAGCAGUUAUGUUGACAUUACAAAGCCAGGCAUGGACUUAGAGCAGCUGAUCAAAGCCAUGGCUCCACUGCUGUCUCCUGAGGAGCGGGUCUACCUUGGUGUUAUCGAACAGGUCACUCAGGCUCUGAACCGUGCCCUGCAACUGGCCAACACUGAUGGUGGCCUGCAGAGCAGAAACUUCACAGAAGCCAUCAUGGAUUCUGUAAGGGUGGUAUUGAGGAGUACCUUCAAUGGAUCCCUUCCCCUGCCUGAAUCUGCCAUUGAUGAUAUUACAACAGUUCUCCAGAUUUCUCUCCAGCUACUUCUGAACAAUGACACCAGCUAUGCCCAAUCUCAGGAAUUCAUAGUGCAAGCGGCACUCAGGGCAAAAGACUUUAUCAUUACCCUGGUUCCAGAGUCUGCUGAAGUCUUUGGUCCUAUGAUCAACAGCAUCAUAUCAUACAUUAACAUCAUCUCUAAGCCAAGUGGAUCUGAUACAUGGAAUGUAGUGUGA